AUGAUCUGGAAAGGGGAGCCCUCCUCCCUGAGUGUGGGGGGCAUCCAGCAUGGGCAGCAAAUGCAGAGGCCCUUCUUCCUGUGCUCCCUGCAGGAGAGGACCACAGACACGCUGUUCUGCCAGCUCUCUGAGGGCAUCUACCUGGCCAACAGGCGCAUGAGCAUCAGCCUGGUCACGGCCAUCGCUGUGGACCGCUACGUGGCCGUGCGGUGCGCCCGGGGGCUCCGCUCCCCACGGCAGGCCGCAGCCGUGUGCACAGCGCUCUGGGUGCUGGUAGCCAGCUUGCUGGGGCUGCGCUGGGCCCUGGGGGCGCAGGAGGGCGGCUUCUGCUUCUCCAACAGCUCCCGGCAAGGCUCCAACACCACUGCCUUCUCGCUGCUGGGCUUCUUACUGCCCGCCGUGCUGGUCCUCUGCUCUCUGCCGGUGGUCACCGCCCUGGGCCAGAGGCCGGCCGCCAGCCCCGACCAGGCGGAAGCAACCCGGAGGGCCACCCACAUGGUCUGGGAGAACCUGGCCGUGUUCGUGGUCUGCUUCCUGCCCUUCCGCGUGGCGGCCUGA